AUGCCGUACAAAAACUUCCGACAAGGCAAAUUGCAAACAAUUGAAGGGCAGGAGUGGGCAGACAAUUUCACUGUGGAAAGAACAACUAACUUCCUGUGUGAGGAGUGUGGCAAGGAAUGCCCGUCACUCUGGCGAAAUGUAGGGAACCUUGGAGAAGAAGUGUUGGUGUUGCAGUGGGACAGCAGAUUUGCAAUUAAACCUGUUAUCAAGCGCUUGCAGAUGCUGUGGCGAUUGGCAGCGCAUUACCAGAAUGAUUUCUGCACUUACAACCCAAAGAACAACCCACGGUUGAUGAAACUGACGCCACAGCCUACUCCAUCAGUGAUCACAGAGAUUCAGGUGCAAGAGGCACGGAUCACACAACACUGGCCUGAAUACCAAGGCAUAUUGCAGGAUAUUUGCCAACUGGAUGUGACACACUGGGUCGACCAGCUGGGACUGGACAACCUCCUCAGCUUGAAAGGUCUUUACCAUAAGACAUACAACAUGAUCGCAAAUAUGCCACAAGGGAGAACACCCCCAGGCUACACAUUUUUCCGGGAGCAUCCGUUAUUAUAUGGAGCUCCUAACACACUGAUUCAGAAGAUAGACAGGAUCACAAUGAAUGAAGAUGACGUCAUCAGCAAUGUCUUGGUAGUUAAACACACCCGGUGGAUGAAAGAUGACUUGAUGGAUUGUGAGGGAGACGGCAUCCCACAGAUAAGCAGGAUUAUAAAGCAAAACUAA